GAAAUCCCAACUUUGUGGGGACAUUCUGGCAAACUUCAAUGAGAACAGCCAGCAAAUCAAGUUUGUGAGAGGUCCGGCGGCCAAUGCCACGCAGGAGCAGCUAGACGUGCUGGCGACGGCUGGGCGCGGUGACAUGGUCCCUACUGCCGUCGGGUUCAAGGCCGUGAAGAAGGAUGAAGAAUGGCAGCGUGUAACGCAAGCUAUUUGCCGUGGCGAUCGAGCCACGCUAAUCACGUGGACUCACGACGGCAAGGACGAAUCCCAGAAGGCGGAGCUUUGUCCGACAGGCACUGUUCCAGUGCAAGGAAGGGGCUACAUGUCCUUCGCGUGCGAUGGCCAUGUCAUCAAAGAGAGGCGCUACCAUUGCUGCAACGUGAACGGCCAACUGCAUUGCUCGCCGAGUUUGGUGGAUGCCACGUCCAUGGACCCACCAUGUGACUGCCACCAGAAUGAUGUGGCUGCAGUCAAGGCGAUCUUGAUGCCAGCAUUCCUGAGAGCAGCCUCGCCUUUCUUCUGCCUCUGCUUGGCCAUCGGAGAAAACGGCGAGCGAAAGCUCAAGAAUUUCUGUGAGCUGAGCCGACCCAGCUUCUCCGCAGUGGCUGUCGCCUUGACAAAAACUUCCAUUUCGACAGACGGCAAGGUACUUGACCUUGCCAGCGCCAAGAAUCAGAUCGAGUCAGCGGCGGAGGGGCUCGAUAUUCAGUGGAUCGAAGCUGACGCUGACGGACAUGGGGUUAUCUCAAAUUUUGAGCUGCCCCUGGUGGAAUUCGCGGAAUCCGCGCGAGCGCCAGCUGCGGAUUUACUGCGCCGGUCAGUCGCAACCUCUUUGCGUCAGACUUGUGACGGAGGCCAUCUCUGGCCAGCCGGCAAGUUGCUGGUGACCCGGACGCAGUGGGAUGUAAUCUUUGCGAAGACCGUGGCCGAGCUUUUGCUGAGACCUCUACCUCUGGGCCAGGAGUUGGCCCAGCUGCUGUCAAAAUCCGCGCGCGUCCUGGAGCUUGGAUCAGGCCCUGCGCUGCCGAGUAUUUGUCUGAGCUGCGUUGGCCACGACUGUAUCGCCACAGAUCUGCCCCAGGCCAUACCCAUGCUGACAGCGAAUGCCAGCGCCAAUGCAGCAGCGAUCCAGCGAAGUGGGGGCCGACUGGCUGUUCUUCCUCUUGACCUCGGCGACGUCAGCACAGUGCCAGACGUGGUCAAUCAUUUCGAUUUGGUCAUUGCGUCGGAUAUUUGCUACGAUCCUGUGUUAUACACCCCGUUGCUGGCAACGCUGCGAUCCCUGUCGUUUAGACACUUCCUUGUCGCAGUUGUUCAACGUCCAGACCUGGGAGAGGAGACCUUCGAGAACUUCUGCAAAGACGAAGAUAUCCCGCUGCAGCUGCGCUACACGGCUCUUCCUCCUGCCAGCGACCAAGACCUUGCAGCCAGUGCCAGCUGUGUGAUCUUUAGGUGGGAAGGAGCCGUUCACGUCCAAAGGCUGCAGAUCCGGACUGCUUUCAAUCUCAGGAACUACGGCGGAGACUACAGGCUCCAAAGCCGGCAGUGGUACGGCCCCUGGCCCGGGUCAGGGCCUACCUGCAGAGUGAUAGACGUGCUGACAGAUGGCUGCAAAAGCGGUGAUGUCAGCCCGAGUCAACUCCCAGGCGGUUCCCAGAAAGAGGGCAAGGGAACUCCAGGAGCCUCCAGCGGGCCAAGCCGAGCUCACACGGCAGGCUUUCGAUUCGGUGGCCAGGGAUGCUCCCAAGCAGCGAAGGCGAUGCUCGUUCCACCAGCUCUUGCAGGGCCGGAAGCAGAGGUGCGGUCCACGCUUGAGGCAGCGAAAUUAUCCGGUGGGACUGAUGGUUGCCGUCAGGUGCUGAAGAGGAUGCUGCUGCGCUGGCAUCCAGACAAAGCGCUCCAGGGAGAGUCUGCCGAGGCGAAAGCAGCCCAGGCGGAGUCAACACGAGUGCUGCGCUUCAUCCUGCAGGAGAGAGAUCGGUUGGGCCUCUAA